AUGAAGAUCCUUCUCCUCGUCUCCAUCGGACUCACUUUCUGCUCGGCUCAACAAGAAGAAGAAGAAGGAGCCGAUGCUACAGUAAUCCCCCCGGCCUCCCUGUGGAAUCUCAGAGGAAUGGCUCAAUGUGUGCUCAAUUAUAGUGCUCUGGUGGGUCCCAAUCUUCAGAAAUUUCCAGAAAACUGUCAAUUUUCAGUUCAACUACAACCGCUAUGGAUGUUAUUGUGGAUACGGAGGGUCUGGAGUGCCAGUAGAUGGGAUCGAUCAGUGUUGUAAAGAACAUGAUGAGUGCUAUGGGGAUUCUGUGGAAAACAAGGUAGGCUACAAUAGUCGCUAACAGGUUUUCGUCCUUUUUUGUCAGAUCUGUGGAUCGUGGUCGCCUUACGUGAAGAACUACGGCUGGGAAUGCUCAAACUCCACCGCUCUUUGUCCAUGUAAGCUUUAAACUCGUUCAGUUUUCCCUUCGACACCCAAAUCCGUACAUUUACAGCCACCGCCGACGCGUGUGCCGCUUUCCUUUGCGAGUGUGACAAGAAGGUCGUGGAUUGCUGGCAGAGAUUCCCGAAACCAGAAAAGAGGGCCAAGUGUAUCAAGAAAUAA